CAGCUGCACGUAGUGGAGGGAAGCGGCUAGCUCCGUAAACUCCGAUAGCUCUGUUAGCCCUGUUAGCUCCGUUAGCUCCGUGAGCCCCGUGUGAGUUUGUAGGAUAGUUUACUGUAGUUAUUAGCACCUUCUGCUGUUCCCACCAUGGCGUACCAGCUGUACAGGAACACCACUCUGGGAAACAGUCUACAGGAGAGUCUGGACGAGCUCAUACAGACUCAGCAGAUCACUCCUCAGCUGGCUCUUCAGGUCCUCCUCCAGUUCGACAAAGCCAUCAAUACAGCGCUCGCCAACAGAGUCCGCAACAGAGUCAACUUCAGGGGCUCUCUCAACACCUACAGGUUCUGCGACAACGUGUGGACGUUUGUUCUGAACGACGUGGAGUUCAGAGAGGUCACCGACCUGGUGAAGGUCGACAAGGUCAAGAUUGUGGCCUGUGACGGAAAGAGCGAGUCGACCCAGAACAAAACCGAUAAAUGACUCGGCUCCAGCGUCGCAGAGUGGCGUCUCUCCUCGUGUGUUCGGUGUCGGUUGGAGCCGCAGAUGGACCUGGACUGUACAUAUAAUUUAUUACAGCAGAGCCACAGCUGAGAAGGGAGUGUGUGUGUGUGUGUGUGUGUGUGUGUGUGUGUGUGUGUGUGUGU